UUACUUGCUGUUUCCACGGAAGUAAUGGCAAGUACUAAAAGAUUAUUCUCAUUUUUGUCAUUGGAAGAGACCUAUAAAGACAGGGCUAGAGAUCCAGAGAUUGUAUUUCUUCCGUCACGGAGGAGUUUGAUUGACGAACUGCUAGUUCUCUUAGUUGAUAGCGAGUGUGUACUAUUAGAAGGUGAGAGCGGGUCUGGUAAGAGCUCGUUGCUUCGUUUUUUGGCAAAACUUCAUCAAAAGGAAGAGGACCUGAUAAUUGUACAUUUAGGAGAACAGAUUGAUAGCAAGGUUUUAUUGGGUACGUUUAGUUGUACAGCUAUCCCUGGUGAAUUUGUAUGGCUUCCUGGAAUAUUGACGAAGGCAGUCCUGGCUGGGCAAUGGAUUGUGCUUGAGGACAUUGACUUUGCACCACCAGAUGUGAUUUCUCUAUUGCUACCAUUAAUCAAGACAUCCACCCUGCUAUUACCUGGCUAUACCGAGCCACUGAGACCUGCCGAAGGCUUCAAGUUAUUUGCUAGCAGGAGGUUAGGAAGAGGAGGGAGGAAGGGCUUAAGACAGAUGGGAGGGAUACUCUCUGUCCUGGAGAAUAAUGUAAAGAGAGUAUUUGUACCUCAGUACGAGACUGAGGAAUUAAUUGAGGCAAAGUCUUACGAUCCACAUUAUACAAGAUUGCUACUAGGUUACUACAACCAAGAGUAGAUUGCUACAACUUGUGCAUGUACAUGUACAUGUUUAUGUACAUGUAGGUGACCUUUGUGUUGUGUCAGGAGGUAAUUAAUUAGCUCAUCCAUUCUAUCACAGUUUGUCAUUAUCUCUU